ACCAUCUACACCCAAUAAGCCAAUUAUUCAACUGAAACUAAAACAAUUAUACUCUCAAUUUGCGUUCACAAAAAGAGUAAAGAUUGCUUGUGACAAAGAGAAAGAAAACCAGUAUCAGAGUGACAAUAAUGGAAAUAAAGUCCUGGCUGAGUUGAAAAAUAUAAAGAAUCAUGAUGACCAUAAUGAUCAAAAUCAAGUUGUCGCUUUUUCGAUAGAGGAAAUCAGGAUACAGAUUUUAAGCCCAUAUAUUGCAAAAAACGAAUUUGAAAACACUAUGAUUAAAUAUAUCGGAAAGGUGUUGAUGGACUUACAAUACAUCAAACAAAGACCAAUAAAAGCUGAUAUAGUUGGUGUCCGAUUGUCAGAUAAUCAUCAGGUUAUAUUUUUAGAAAUGAGUGGAGCUCCUACUGAUUUUUUAAAAAAUCAUCCAAUCAGUGAUGCAAAUAAAACACUCCAGGAACGAAUGGACUCCUUAAAUUCUGUUCUCUUAAAUUUCCUUUGCUAUGAUGUUAGGUUUGUAUGGAAAGUUCAUUCUUUAAGUAUUCAAGGAAUAAGGAAAGAUGACUAUGUUGAUGAAGAAAUAUUAUCAGCAGUUUUUCCACUUAGCUGGGAUUUCCACUUCUGA